AUGUUGUUUUCAAAGUUUUCAGUCUUCCUUGCACUAUUCGUUCUUUUCUCUCUAUUCCAAUUACCAGCUUUAGCCAUCAGAAAGUCUUACAUAGUUUACUUGGGAGCACAUUCACAUGGUCCAGGAGUAACGUCAGCUGAUCUUCAUCGGGUGACUGAUUCUCAUUAUGAGUUUCUUGGCUCAUUCUUGGGAAGUAAAGAGAAGGCCAAAGACGCAAUAUUCUAUUCAUAUAAAAGACACAUCAAUGGUUUUGCUGCAACUCUUGAAGAAGAGGAUGCAGCAGAGAUUGCAAAGCAUCCGAGCGUGGUGUCUGUUUUCUUAAAUCAAGGGAAAAAAUUACACACAACCCACUCGUGGAAUUUUCUUUUGCUGGAAAAGAAUGGUGUGAUACAUUCCAGUUCAUUGUGGAAGAAGGCCAGAUUUGGUGAAGAUACCAUCAUUGGAAAUAUUGACACUGGUGUUUGGCCAGAAUCAGAGAGCUUUAGCGAUAAAGGGUUGGGGCCUGUUCCAUCAAAGUGGAAAGGAAUCUGUCAGAAUGACACCAGUGCCGGAGUCCACUGCAAUAGGAAGCUUAUUGGAGCAAGAUAUUUCAACAAGGGCUAUGCUGCCUAUGCCGGCUCACUCAACUCUUCAGUACUGAACACUGCACGUGACUAUGAUGGACACGGAUCUCACACCCUAUCAACUGCUGGUGGAAACUUCGUUCCAGGAGCAAGUGUAUUCGGCGUGGGAAAUGGAACUGCAAAAGGUGGUUCACCUAAAGCUCGAGUAGCUGCAUACAAGGUAUGCUGGCCUCCAGUAAAUGGCAGCGAAUGCUUCGAUGCUGAUAUCAUGAAGGCCUUUGAUAUGGCCAUACAUGAUGGUGUCAAUGUGCUUUCUGUGUCGCUUGGCGGGGAUCCUACUGACUACUUCAAUGAUGGCCUUGCAAUUGGGGCGUUCCAUGCUGUAAAGAAUGGUAUAGUAGUAAUAUGCUCGGCUGGGAAUUCUGGACCCAAGGAUGGAACUGUGACAAAUGUUGCGCCCUGGAUUAUAACUGUCGGAGCCAGCACUAUAGACCGCGAGUUCCGAGCAUAUGUUGAACUCCGUAAUGGACUGCACCUACAGGGAACAAGCUUGUCUAAACCAUUACCCAAAGAUAAAUUCUAUCCGCUUGUUAGUGCUGCAGAGGCUAAAGCUCCCAAUUCAUCAGCUGAAGAGGCGAUGCUUUGUAAGGGAGGAACAUUGGACCCCGAAAAAGUGAAGGGUAAGAUCUUGGUUUGUCUUAGGGGGCAGAAUGCAAGAGUGGAUAAGGGCGAACAGGCUUAUCUUGCUGGUGCUGCCGGGAUGAUCCUUUGCAAUGAUGAGUCCAGCGGUAAUGAAAUUAUUGCUGAUCCUCACGUUCUUCCAGCAUCACAUUUAAACUACACAGAUGGACUUGCUGUUUAUGCCUACAUCAAUUCUACCAGUGAUCCAAUGGGGUUUAUUACCGCUCCUAAGGCACAGGUGUACACAAAGCCAGCUCCAUUCAUGGCUUCUUUCUCCUCCAAGGGUCCAAAUAUUGUUACACCAGAGAUUCUCAAGCCUGAUAUUACUGCACCAGGAGUAAAUAUUAUAGCUGCUUACACCCAAGCAACAAGCCCCACAGAUGAAGAAUUUGACAAGCGCAGGAGUGCCUUUAACACAGAAUCCGGUACUUCUAUGUCUUGCCCUCACGUGGCUGGAGUCGUGGGUCUACUCAAGACACUACAUCCUGACUGGAGUCCCGCUGCAAUUAGAUCUGCAAUCAUCACUACUGCAAGAACAAGAGACAACACUGUGAAUCCACUGCUUAAUGCGUCCUACAUUAAGGCAACACCAUUCAGUUAUGGUGGUGGACAUAUACGACCAAACCGUGCCAUGGAUCCUGGCUUGGUCUAUGACUUAGCUACCGAUGACUACUUGGACUUCCUCUGUGCCCUUGGUUACAACCAAACCGCAAUUCAACUUUUCUCUGAGGGUCCUUAUGAUUGUUCUCCAGAUUCCAAUCUCCUGAACUUCAACUACCCUUCAAUAACUGUCCCUAACCUCUCUGGCUCAGUCACAUUGACUCGAAAAGUGAAGAACGUUGGUUCCCCAGGCACCUAUGAAGCUCUUGUUCGGCAACCACUAGGAGUUUCAGUUUCUGUUAAGCCCACUGUUCUGAAUUUUAAGAAUACUGGUGAAGAGAAGAGCUUUACUUUGACUCUGGAAGCUAAGAGAGCUGAUGUGCCAGAGGACUACGUAUUUGGCGAAUUGUUAUGGUCAGAUGGCCACCACUAUGUGAGGAGUCCAAUUGCUAUUGCUUCCACUACUGACUAGACAUAAUCAGUGAGACCUAAACAAUAGGAAGAAGCCCUUUCUAGAUGCUGGUCAAGAGGAAGGCUAUAGCCCCAUUAGUAGCAUUAGGAAUAAGAUACUAGAGUUUUCUUCUUUUUUGUUUUGCUAUUUUUUGAUUCUUAAAUUCUUCAUUGAGGGAUAAUAAUUGGAUUGGGUAUGAAAAUCGCG